AUGGUCCUGAAAAAGUAUGAGCUCGAGGGCACCUUGGCCGAGGAGAACCUCAUGAUCAAAGCCGGAACGCUACGGGACGAGAACCCCUUGGACACCAGCGAGAAUUUCCAAGAAUUCUUGUUGGCGUGUCGUCAUGGCGACCUGAGAAAGUGCCAGGAGCUCAUCAACCUCGGCGUUAACAUCAAUGGGAAAGACAAGUUCGAUUACACGCCGCUGAUUAUCGCUAGCUUGUGCGGCCACUAUGAGUUGGUGCGACUACUCUUGGAGUCCGGGGCGUUGGCUGAGAGGAACACGUUUCAAGGUGAACGUUGCAUCUACAAUGCUCUCAACGACCGGAUACGGAACCUUUUGCUCCAGUACGACUUCUCCAAGUCGUCAGAUCCAUAUGUAUACUGGUCAACACAUAUUUCCUCCCUCAUCAACAACCCCAAUGGGUUGACCGACAUUGCUCUCAUUGCUGGAAACGAUUCUUUCGAUAUUCACAAGUUCAUUCUUGCUGCGAGAACACCAUACUUCAACAAAAAGCUUACUGCGCAGCCUGAGACGACGCAAUGGAAACUGUCCGCUGCCAUUCCCACCGACUCAUUUCAGAUCGCGCUACGAUACGUCUAUCUUGGUGCUGUUCCAAGAGACCUCGUUGCGCAGGCCAGUGACGUGUCUGAGGAGGAUGUCCUCAAGGGAUUGGACAAGCUCAGCAAGCAACUUGAAAUCGAACAGCUAUGGGAAGCAAUCAUGGCGGGGAGUGACAGGCGACUAGCCCGACAGAGGUACGAAGACGAGGUCCGGCGGGCGCUUCGACAGAUGGAAGCUUUCUUUCAGGCGAAUGUUCUCGGGAGGAAAAUGUUCGUUGACUCGGACCGCGUGGAUGAAGUCGUUUGGAAACAUGACAACUCCAUCUUUGCCGAUGUGCUUCUACGUGCGGACGAGCCAUUAGCUGAAGAUGAGGCAUCGCCGCACGAUGGAGCAAAGGACACGCCCGUCAACGCGCAGGGCAUACCCAUCGGUCCCGCCGCAGCAGCAGACACCACAAACGGCACCACGGCAGCCAAGCCUCGCAAGUCGAUUCUCUAUCCAGCUCACAAGGCGAUGCUCAUCCGAAGCGAGUACUUUGAGAAGAUGUUCUCCGGCGACUUUGUCGAGUCCCGGCGUUCCGAUAACCUGCGCAUCGUCACCCUGGACUGCACGCCCGAAAUCCUGGAACUGAUUCUCACAUUCCUCUAUACCGAAAGUACAGAUCGUAUCUCCUUGGAUCAGGCAUUGGAUCUAUUAUACGCCGCCGACAUGCUCUUCCUCGACACGCUCAAGUCCAAGGCGGCCGUUGCCAUCUCCACCCUCGGCAGCGGCUCCUCCAACGUCAAUAUUGGCGAGCCGAUAGACGAGAAGAAGGGCGUCGAGGUCGAGCCGGUGAACAUCUACGAUGUGAUUCGUGCCGCAUGGGACCUUCGCGUGCAGCGUCUCGAGGAAUUCGCGGCGCGUUACAUCGCAUAUAGACUGGAAGACUACAUUGACGACGGCGAAUUUCAGGACAUGAUCCAAGAAUCAGCAAGCAGGAUCAAAGAGCGCCAGGAGACGGAUACCAUUGAGUUGCUCGACGACAUUCGCUACUACCUGUCCGAGAGAUUUCGACUGCGCUUCGAGGAUACAGGGCUGGAAGAUGUCAUGGACGAGGAAGGGGAAAUCGACGCACAGGUCGCUGCCCAGAUUGCGGACGCUGCAGAAGGGCAGGUCAAGCAACCAUCCGCAGAUGUGGCGGGUACGAACGGGUGGAAACCGGAGGACAAGGGCCUCGACAGUGGCAACAAGGAGAAGUUGAAGGAAGAAGAGGACUCUGACGGCGAUGAUGAGUUUGUCGCUGACGCGAUGAGUUAUCAGAAUCUUCUCGGCAAGAUCGACAUGAUGCUAGAACGUCUCAAGCUAGAUGCGUAG